AUCGAAUCAGUUGUGUAGAAUAAAAACGCAACAUCGUACAUUACUAGCUCAGUACAUCAGUGAACUUCACGACGUAACGACAAGAUGGCCGGACGUCCCUAUUAUGGUUACGGCGGACCCCCUCCCCCGCACGGUUACCCGCCAGGCUACCCACCAGGCGCCCCAGGCCAUCCUCCCCCAAUGUACCCUCCACCGGGCGUCAUCUACUACCCGUACCACCCUGCAUACUUUUACCCUUACCCUCCUCCUCCCGGUCCCGUCGAUGUGGUAGAAAACGCUGAGCCAGAAGAAAUAGUGCCAGAAUUACCGGGAGAGACUGUUGAAUUGCCUUGGAGUACAUACCGUUGGGUCCCCGCAUGCCUCAGCCAGCGCAGCAUCCCGCCCGGCGCGCUGAGGGUUGGCACGGACGCCGAUGGGGAUGAGAUCUACGCAGGCCGCGCGCCACACGAAGGCGACAUUUNNNAUACAAAGGUUAGAGGUAACUGUUUAUAAACGUUUGUUCUCCCUCAGGUGCUGGUGCCAGCGAUGUUCUCAUGGCAGUUCUCGACGAACGGCGCGACGCCUCCGGGCGCGGUGGAAGCUGGCGUCACCGCUGAAGGAGAGAAGUUAUACUUCGGCAGAGUCACGCACGACGGCUGCACCACUCCUGGAAAGAUUCAUCCAAGCCAUGGCGUUUGUUACUAUCCUUUCGAUGGCGAAGAGAGAAGCAGCGCGGAGUACGAGUGCCUGGUCCUCAUGUAGACCUCAUAGAUCUCUCAUACACCUCGUGAAGACCACGUCGUGUACCUCAUGAAGACAAUAAAGAACUAAACGUGGUCAUUUAAUUUAGAACCUAGCUGCAAGGUGCUAUAACGUAAUAUAGAAGAAUAAUUUAUUUUAGACUUCUUUUAAAAACCAAACAUUACAUCAUAUUACUAAAGCAGUGUUUACGAAUUUUCUUAUAAUUAGAAAAAAAGAUUCAAAUUAAAUUAAUAUAUUAAUUUUUACUUUAAA